CAGAGACAGACGGGUGAAGUGUUAGAGUCCGCUCAUAAACUCAUAAAAAGUCACUGUGAUGUCAUCAGGAACAACAUGGAGUCCAGAAAGGAAGAACAAGAAGAAGACACCCGCAGGUCAUCUCUGGAAGACAUCAUAAGUAAUACUACUGAUACUACGACUACUGCAACUACUACUAUUAGUGAUACUACCACCACUGCUAAUACUACUGCAGCUGCUAAUGGUACUUUAACAACCACCAUGAGUCCUGCUGCACCACCUGAUGAUCAGACAGAAGAUGAGGAGGAUGAAGUGGAGGAGGUUGAGGACAAGGAAACUGGUGAACUGGUCAAUGAUGUCAUGGCAGCAGCAGCAGGUGCUGAGUCAGCAGGUAUGGAGAGCAAAGAUGUUUCAACUGCAGACAAAGAGGCAGGUGAGCCAGAGCAGCAGUCUCACCUCCACACAGGAGCUGUUGAAGACGAGUUUGUCACAGAACAGAAAGCAUCCACGCCAAUCGCAGACCGGCCAGCUCCUCCCAGCAGUCUGGCCUUGUCACGACCAAUGAAGAAGAAAGUCCUGGUGGCUCCAGCUCUCAGUUUGUCUUUAGAUCGCAGUGAGUCUACAAUUUCAGACGACUUCUCCUCAGCCUUUCUCUCCCCUUCACUUGGAGACGAUGAUGACACGGGGCUGGACUUUGACCUGGAUGCCAUGGAAACGCCCUCUGACAGCGAAUCACUGCCCUUCCCCAUCUACGACCUGGACCUGGAAGACGACCUGCGGCGUCUCGGCGUGGCAUCCCGGCGUCGCAGAGCGCCCGGCUUCAGUCCCAGGUCCAGGUUCGACUCACAGACCGGUUCUGCACCGGGGAUGGACCAGAGUGAACUGGGAGCUCUGGAACGGGAGGACAUGGUGGACAGUCAAGGCACCAGGUGGCGCUGUUUCUCCACAGGUGUUCCUCCUCAGGAGAGCCGGGUAAACAUGAGCAUCCUGGAGCCAUUCCUCAGGGUGCUGUCACACGGAGGUUACUAUGGAGACGGUAUGAAUGACAUCAUCGUGUUUUCUUCCUGUUACCUGCCGCAGAAUAGUCUGGAAAAUUACCAGAAUGUGAUGGAUAACCUGUUCAGGUAUGUGGUGGGAACUCUGGAUCUGAUGGUUGCAGAAAACUAUGUGAUUGUGUAUCUUUGUGCCGGAGGGCAGAAAGACAAACUGCCAGGAAUCAGCUGGCUGAGGGAGUGUUACACCACCAUCAACAGGAGGUUGAGGAAGAAUCUGAAGGGUUUCUACGUGGUUCAUCCCACCUGGUACAUCAAAGCCCUCAUCACCAUCAUCAAACCCUUCAUCAGCUCUAAGUUCAGCAGGAAGCUCCAGUUUGUCAACAGCCUCCAGGAUCUCUCUCACUUUAUCCCCACUGAGCACGUGCAGAUCCCAGAUUGUGUCACACAGUAUGACCGGAGUCUGACCAGGUGAAACUGAAAACGCCUGGAUCCUAUCUCCCUGUUCUGGGUCAGAUAUUUAAUAUGAAGCUGCCUCCUGUCGUCAGGUGGAGCUUCGAUGUCACUGGGUGUUGCUGCUCCCUCUGUCUUUAUUAAGUGUUAAACAUUUCGAACUGUUUUUUAAUAACUUUGUAUCAGAACAAAACUUGAGCAAAUAUUAUAAUUUCUAUUAAAAUCUAUGCAAUCUAA